CUGAGGUUGUAGCUGCCGGCAGGCGCCUUCCGCCAUCCCAGUGUCUAUCCGCUACAUGCACAGCUUAAUACGGGCUGCCAGCCGCGCAGACAGGGUUCUCCUGGGUCAGAGGAGCGGCGCUGUACGCUCCAGCCUGAAGCGAACGGUCAAGGGGGACAGUGCCCGCUGCUGCCAUGCUGUGCUAUGUGACGAGGCCGGAUGCAGUGGUCAUGGAGGUAGAGGUGGAUGCCAAAGCAAACGGGGAGGACUGUCUGCACCAGGUGUGUAAGAAACUGGGGAUUAUAGAAGUGGAUUACUUUGGACUCCAGUUUAUUGGCAACAAGGGAGAGAAUUUAUGGCUCAAUCUCCGAAAUCGAAUUUCACAACAAAUGGAUGGUCUGGCCCCAUAUCGGAUGAAGCUACGGGUUAAGUUUUUUGUGGAACCUCACCUUAUCUUACAGGAGCAGACCAGACGCAUGUUUUACUUGCAUAUAAAGGAGGAUCUCCUGGCCGGCCAUCUGCAGUGUUCCCCAGAGCAGGCAGUGGCACUAAGUGCUGUGCUGGCCCAACUGGAAUGUGGUGAUUAUAAUCCGAACACUGCCAGUUACAGAUACCAGGAUAUUUGCUCAAAAGAACUUGGACCAGCUACAUUGGAAAGUAUUAUUGAAAAGCAUAAAAGUUUGGAAGGACUUAGUCAAGCUUCGGGGGAGUAUCAGGUUCUACAGAUUGUGUCCACCCAGGAAAACUACGGAGUAGAGUGGCAUUCUGUGCGUGAUGCUGAGGGACAGAAGCUUGCAAUUGGUAUAGGACCGGAAGGAGUUUCCAUCUGUAAAGAGGAUUACACUCCUAUUAAUAGGAUUACUUAUCCUAUUAUUCAGAUGGCUACUCAAUCGGGAAAGAAUGUGUACCUGACAAUCACCAAGGAUUCUGGAAAUAGCUUAGUCCUACUGUUUAAAGUCGUCAGCACCAGAGCAGCCAGCGGGCUUUACAGAGCCAUUACAGAAACCCAUGCAUUUUAUAGGUGUGACACGGUUACCAGCGCGGUAAUGAUGCAGUACAGCAGAGACCUGAAAGGCCAUUUGGCGUCCCUUUUCCUAAAUGAUAAUAUUGAUGUUGGUAAAAAAUACGUGUUUGACAUCAAAAGGACAUCGAAGGAAGCUUACGACCAUGCGAGGAGGGCCCUGUACAAUGCUGGCAUUGUGGAUCUGGCCCCAAGAACUGACCAUAGUGAGCCAAGCUCCCCUCUCAAGGCCUCAGAAAGUACUAUGAACUGCAGCAGCUGCGAGAGUCUCAGCUGUCAGCAAACGAAGGCUCUGCAGGAGAAGCUACGGAAGCUGAAGGAGGCCAUGCUGUGCGUGGUGUGCUGUGAAGAGGAAAUCAAUUCUGCCUUCUGCCCGUGCGGACACAUGGUGUGCUGUAAAAGUUGUGCCUCCAAGCUACAGAUAUGUCCAGUAUGCAGAGCAUCAGUGGAGCAUGUACAGCAUGUGUACCUUCCAACACACAGAAGUCUGCUGAACCUAACCGUAAUUUAAGAAGAUCACAGAAGAUUAACAUAUUUGGCAACAAAACAAAGAAAACUGAAACUUCUUGUUUUGGUACAUUUACACAGACCACAUUGGAAGUAGCCAGAUUGUGUAUUCUUGAAACAUUUUUCAUCAUCAACCAGACGGGCUGAAAAUGAGGGGAGUUUUAGCAGAUCAGCCACAGUCAGGCCAUACCUUGCCUACAUCACAAAGUGCUAAAACCAUAGACUUUGCUACAACUAAAGAUUUCAGUGUCUGGAGAAGUGCAGAACAUCUGACACGAUGGAACUUAAUGUGUGACUUUUCUUUUAUGUCUUCUUGUUAAGAAUGUUUCGUUAAACAUACACAGGCAUUUUUAUUCAUUUGCACUGUCAGUUAGGCCUGUUCAUAACUUUGGAAUGUAAAUCUGUUCCGUAUGUGUAUUAUAGAUAAUUAACUGGUUACUGCCUUUCCUAGGUCUGGCCAGAAAAUGAGCCAAAAAUAAGCCAAAACUUUUUUUCAGACUUAUGUUGAAAGAUUAAGUCGCCUUGUAAACUAAGAUGCCCACGCUCCUUGGGGUCUAUUGGGCUGUUGCUAUUUUUGUUUUAGGAUCAAAUAUUCUUUUAGGUUGGCUAGAUAAAAUAUUUUAUCAUUUU